AUGGGCCGUUGCUCAGUUAUUUUCUGCGGCGCUGGGGCUACAGGGGCCAUCACUAAGUUUGUCGAUAUCAUGUGCCGUAGUCGGGUCUUCGCUACUCCGACAUCACGAAAGGGACGCCGUCGUGCGACUCUCCCUCUGGAUUCAAUUAAAGGAACUGCCUCGAUAAACGGUUUGGAAGAAGUCUUGAAGAAAGUUGCGGCCUUUAAUCGUCAUCAUCAUGAUUUCACUGUCCCCGUGGUCAUCCUGUCCGCAUGUAGCAACGUCACUGGUGCGCGACUUGAUAUCCCAGCUGUGUCAACUUUAAUUCAUCAAUAUAACGGACUCGCUGCAUGGGACUUGGCGGCUAUCGCUGCUCACAACAAGGUUGAUAUGAAUUCUCCUUCUCACCCUAACGGUUACAUGGACUUCGCUUUUGUAUCUCCUCAUAAGCUUCUCGGUGGCCCCGGCAGUAGCGGUCUUCUGCUGUGCAAGAAGAAGCAUCAGACCAACGCCGUGCCCGCUGUAUGUGGUGGAGGAGUUGUUCUUUACGUUAGUCGUCGCGGCCAUCACUAUCUUGGCAAUUUGGAAGAACGAGAGGAAGCCGGCACUCCGGACAUCCUCGGGUGUAUUAGAACCGGAGCCAUUUACCAUUUACACAGAAUGGUCGGAAUAGAGAGAAUAGCUUCUUCCGAGCAGAGAAUGGCCGACUAUCUCGCCCAUAGGAUCAGAGCCCACAGCAAGGUUCAUGUUGUCGGUCCCAAGGAUCGAUCUCACUGUGCUGGCAUCAUUUCCUUCAAUGUUCUAUAUAACGAGACGGAUACUGCGACGAAGCAUGGCUUGUAUCUGCAUUACAAUUUCGUAGGAGCUGUGUUGAACGAUGUGUUCGGAAUUCAAGCAAGAGGAGGUUGCGCCUGCGCAGGCCCCUAUGGCGAGGCUCUCCUCGGCCUCAACUGCGGCAGUGCUGAAAGGUUCGAGGAAGCUCUUGAUGAUACGCGCUAUGAGAUCUUCAAGCCUGGCUUUGUCCGAGUGGGAGUGCACUUCACGAUGACUCAAGAAGAAGUUGAUUUCGUUGCUGAUGCGAUACUGUGGAUAGCCGAUAAUGGCUGGAAGCUACUCCCUUCGUACACCUACAAGAUUAUGUCGGGCGAGUGGUAUCAUAUUAAGAGAGACUCGCAUCAGAUGCUGAAGUAG